UCUCUAUCAGUGAAUGUAGUUUGACGUUUAUUUGUAACUUCUUGAAUUCGCUUUGUUCUAGUAUCUGUAUUGCAAUAUUGCAAUUAAUUUCGUACAACUUGCAAAGUGAAAUUAAAGGAGGCUUAGUUAAAAAUGGCUUUGUCGAAUAUAUUACUGCUGAGCCAAAUUGCUGGGCAUGUAAUACUGGUUAUAUUGUCGUUGUGUAUGCUGGUCCCAUUGGGAAUGAGCAUCCGUGAAUUUAGUGGGCAUUGUUUACUUUUCACGACGGGAAAGUGGCGUGAAGAGGAUGGGAUGUUUGAGGUGAAAUGGUCUUCGACUGGUUUUUGCCAUUUCCCAGUUUUGACUGCAAUUUUUCAUUUCUUAAUUUCGACCGUGCAAAUUUAUCGCUAUUCAAGAAUGAAAGACGAAGCUUCGUUCCUUUCCCUAUUCAUCGACGUUGUGCUUGGAAUUUGGAUGUUGGCGUUUUCGAUUCUAUCGGCGGUUAUGAUAACUUUAGGAUUUAUCGUUUGGUGUGAUGGUAUGACUGAACGUUUUCCCUCGUGUGAAACUGCAGCUGGACAAAAUAUAAUACACGGCGACCAAGACCAAAUAGACACAUCUGGUUUUUACAUUGAAAUGGGCACAGCACAGUUCGGCGCUUGGGGGGCUUUUGCCAUAUCGGUGGGAAUUGGAGUAAUAGCUAUACUCAAACUCAUCCACAAUCAUCAAGUACGAAACAUUAAGGUUUCUAUGUAUUUGGAACGCCAACGAUUGGUAAAUCAACACCAGCAUCAAUUAGAUGGGAAUUCAACACCGCCAUUAAUGUCGGAGACUACCAAUAAAUAGUGGUUGCGAACUACGUAUUACACGGAGACUGCAACCUUUUCAUUCAUCCGAGUAUAUUUUUUUUGUAGUUGCACAUUACUGUGUUUUACUUAUUUUGAUAUGAGCAAAUAAGUAGGGGGGAAAAACACACCAGUUGUAGAAUUAUACAAACAUACUUAUACACAUAUAAUAGCGAACCGUUAAUGUCGGUAUCAAAAUUGUUUUUUAUGAUUUUUUAUAAACUUAUUUAGAACAAAAUAUAUUUAAUGUGAUAUUUUUCAUACAUUAACCUAAAUAUAUAAUAAUAAAAGUAAAUAUCUGACUCCUCAGUUAA